UGAAAACUGAUUGCUUACCUCUCAAACGGAGAGUUCACUUCAUGCAAAAAUGCACAAUCCAGUUGAUGGCAUCGAGAAAAUUUACUACCUGAUCCUCGUUGCUAUAGGAGCUCCUGUUAAUUUACUGGCGAUUGUCAUUCUGUCCCAGGGUAAGUGUGGCCUCUGCACCUGCACCUCUCGGUACCUGGUUUCCAUGGCAUCUGCAGACCUACUCGUCAUCAUCACCGAGGUCAUGCUGUGGCGCGUACUUUAUUAUUAUGUCCCGGGAUCUUUCCUAUAUAUUACACCUGUAUGCAGUGUUAUAAAUGUCCUGAGGUGUGCAGCAACUGACUGUUCUGUUUGGUUCACCGUCACUUUCUCCUUUGAUCGAUUUAUCACUAUUUGUUGCCAAAAACUGAAAACAAAGUACUGCACUGAGAAAGUAACCCUGUUGGUUUUAUCAAUAACUUGUAUUCUGUUCUGUUUGAGAAGUGUCCCCCUUUACUUUACACUGGAAGCUGGUGAGGUAAUCAACAAUAUCCCAUGGCUCUGUUAUAUCAAACCAAACUUUUAUACUGACCCGGGGUGGAUAGGAUUUGAUUGGUUUGACAAGAUUAUGAAUCCAUUGCUACCUUUCACUGUAAUUCUGUUGCUCAAUGUUUUGACUGUCCGACACAUCUUAGUGGCCAGUCGUGUUCGUAAAGGACUAACGGGCGGAAGAAAAGCACAGAAUCAUAUUGACCCAGAGAUGAAGAGCAGAAAGAAAUCGAUGAUUUUGCUUUUCAGUGUAUCUGGCAGCUUCAUCCUUCUGUGGUUGGUGUAUGUCGUUCAUUUCUUAUAUUAUAACACAACUGGUGCAAAUACAAGGGAUUACAACAACUCAGAAUUCACAUUUCAACGUGUCGGCCUUAUGCUGCGGAAUUUAAGUUGCUGCACAAAUACCUUUAUUUAUGUGGCUACUCAGUCAAGGUUUAGAGAGCAACUCAGGAAACUGGUGAAAUACCCAAUGACAUCAAUGAUUGAAGCCAUUCAUGAUAAAAGCAACUGGGCAUUUUAGAGGCAGGUUCCAGUGAUUUGAGUUUGCCGACAUAGAAUUUUGUCCAAAGACUCUUAACAGAGACAAAAGCAAGAGAAGUGCAAGCUGUGAACAUGUGUUAAAUGGAGGGCCAGUUGUGAUCCAGGCUGAAAGAGGUAUGGUGCUGUUUGCAUUAGAGGACAGGAAAAGUCCACCGCAAUAUCUCA